UUCAAAUUUGUCAGAGUUUGGUUUAAAAAAAAAAAUUGUUUGCAGGUUCGAAGUACCGUGCGAUCUAAGCAACAUAAUACAAUAUAGCGAGAUAAAAUUCGGAUUUUCGUUUCUUUUUAACUGCAAGAUGGGAUGUCUUCUAAGUCAAUGAUGGCCAUAGGCGCAUAUCUUUCGGUAAUGAGAUCCACGGCGACAAGACGAGACCAAACGAGAUAACGUGAUACACACGAGCGUCUGUACGCACAUAGAUCACGACGCACAUUCCCGGAAUUUCGUCCAGCGAUUCUUACUCCCGCCUCGCGGCCACAUGGAUCCUUAUGAUACCAAACGGCGCCUCGUGGGACCAGUUACGAUGGAACCGAAGAAGACGGGACGCAGCAGAAGAAGCGAGAUAGUCGGUGGGAAUCUAUUACAACGGGGUUGGAACAUCGUCGAGACGUCGGUUCGCUUCAGUCGUGGAGAUCUCGCAGAAGGUUCGAGCCAUGCGGCCGUACCUCAUCGUCCUGAUCUACCUCGCGAGCACGGCACUCGCGAGGUACCAUGAAAAGACACGUUUCGAUCGAUCUGUUCACGAAUAUGAGAUAAGAGAUGCGGAAAACAAUAAUGAAAGAAAACAAUGGUCUUUCACUGAUGAUCAAUUCGUUGCAUACAAGAGCAGGAAAGAGAACGAUUGCUAUCUUGAAGAUAUAAGGCAGGGUCAGAAUGUGUCACCUACAAAACGACAAUUCAAGAUAUUCUAUGCGUCGACAGCCCUCACGAAACUAGAGGCGUGGCAACUUGCUGGAGGUCGAAUUGUGGAUUUCUGCAACGGCCGUAAUAUUCUUUUAUUGCAAACAACAAGACCUGUGCCUGGGCGAACUCUCGAUCCCUUCUUCAAUGAAAUUCCUAUGGACGAAAAUGAUAUUUUGCCAAAACGCGUGGCCGACGUGAUUCUCAUACCAUUGAAAGCUCGAAUAAAGCGACAACUUCAACUCGAGCAACGAGAGAAGUUGAACAAAAAUAUCGAUCGAAUUCGUCGGCAGACGAAUCAGUUUCGAGGGAAGUUUCGUGGUCAGACUCAAUCUCAAUAUUUGAAUUUUGGCGAUGAAAAAAAAGAAGGCAAAGCCGAAGCUGAAGCUACUCAGCAAUCUUCGCACGCGGUAGUUAGUGGUAGUCGCGGUAUGGGUCAAGCACAAAGUAUGUCAUCAGGUAGUACUGGAUGCGAAGAUUGCCCUGGAUAUCGUGGAUAUCCUGACGGGAUACCGGAUAAGAUACAAGUUUCACCUAUAGGUGUUGAUGGACAACGUCCAGAUACUGGAAUACCAGGUAUUACACAGCCUGGAACAGGAGUCAUUCCUGGAGUUAUAUCUUACCCUGGUGGGCAGAUAAUGUAUCCAACUGGAGAAGUUCCUGGAAGCAGACCAGAAACUUAUCCUGGAGGUGUUCGUCCUGGUACUGUGAUACCAGGAAUUGACGGGACGUAUCCUGGAGGUGUUCGUCCUGGUACCAUGAUACCAGGAGCUGACGGGACGUAUCCUGGAGAUGUCCGUCCUGGUACCGUGAUACCAGGAGCAGACGGGACAUAUCCUGGAGGUGUCCGUCCUGGCACUGUGAUACCAGGAGUUGAUGGAACGUAUCCUGGAGGCGCCCGUCCUGGUACCGUGUUACCAGGAGCAGCCGGGACAUAUCCUGGAGGUGUCCGUCCUGGCACUGUAACAGCAGGAGUUGACGGAACGUAUCCUGGAAGCGUUCGUCCUGGUACUGUAAUACCAGGAGCAGACGGGACAUAUCCUGGAGGCGUUCGUCCUGGUAUCGUGAUACCAGGAGCAGACGGGACAUAUCCUGGAGGUGUCCGUCCUGGCACUGUGACACCAGGAGUUGAUGGAACGUAUCCUGGAGGCAUCCGUCCUGGUACCGUGUUACCAGGAGCAGACGGGACAUAUCCUGGAGGUGUCCGUCCUGGCAUUGUGACACCAGGAAUUGACGGAACAUAUCCUGGAGGCGUUCGUCCUGGCACUGUGACACCAGGAGUUGAUGGAACGUAUCCUGGAGGCAUCCGUCCUGGUACCGUGUUACCAGGAGCAGACGGGACAUAUCCUGGAGGUGUCCGUCCUGGCAUUGUGACACCAGGAAUUGACGGAACAUAUCCUGGAGGUGUUCGUCCUGGCACUGUGAUACCAGGAAUUGACGGGACGUAUCCUGGAGGUGUUCGUCCUGGUACCGUGACACCAGGAGCAGACGGAACUUAUCCUGGAGGCAUCCGUCCUGGUACCGUGGUACCAGGAGCAGACGGGACAUAUCCUGGAGGUGUCCGUCCUGGCACUGUAACAGCAGGAGUUGAUGGAACGUAUCCUGGAGGUAUUCAACCUGGACUCCAACCAGUGCAAGGUAUCUAUCCUGGUGGCAUUGUAACUUCAGUAACAACGGGUACCACUGCUAUUACUGGUGUUGGAUCUUACCCGGUUAGUACCCUUCCUGGAACAGGCUUACCUAGUGGAACAUAUCCCGGAGUUCCUGGUACUCAUGUCGGAACUGGAAUCUAUCCUGGCGGUGUCCGACCCGAUUCGACUAUCCCAGAACAAAGGAUAUAUCCAGGUAGUGUUGUUCCAGGAAAGAUAGUAAUUCAAGGUGUUCAUCCUGAUGGACAGCAGACUGUCGUAUUCCAUCCCCAAGGUGUUCCAGCAGGCACUUUACCAAGCAGAGGUCAAGUUUCUGGUACGACUACAUCUGGUACACAAAUAAUAACUUAUCCAGAUGGUCGACCAACAAAUGGUCAAAUUUUUUAUCCUGGAGGUGCUCGUCCUGCUACUGUGACACCGGGAGUUGAUGGCACAUAUCCUGGAGGUGUUCACCCAGGUAUUGUGAUACCAGGAACAACUGGUGUUAUACAACCUGGCAGGCUCCCUGACGGAACUGGCACUGUUCCUGUACCAGAUGGUCAAAUUACAUAUCCAAGUGUUACAUAUCCUGGUACUAUUCCAGGCACAUAUCCUGGCAAUGCGCAACAAGUUACUUCUCCCAGUGGUACCUUAUAUCCUGGUCAAGGAACUUAUCCAGGAGGACAAGCGCCAAUUUAUCCAAGUGAACAAUAUCCAGGCACGGGUAUCAAAAUUCCGGGAACAGGAGGCGUUCAGUAUCCAACAGGUCAGACAAUUGGAGAAACUGGUAUUACUGGGCAGUAUCCUAGUCAAUAUCCAGGUCAAGGAGUAAGUGGAGGACUUGGAACAGUAGGUGUAGUGGACGAUGGUACCGAGUCGCAGGCAUCGAGUUCCGUACAGCAGAUAGACUCGGGUACUCAAGCGAGCGCUGCGGCUCAGGGUAAAUACGGAUCGGGCACAGCUCAGUCGCAGGUGACAGGCACUUAUAGCGGUUCCGGCACCUUCUCGGCUCAGGCUGGUACCAGCGACGCCAACAAGAGUGCUCAGACUGAGAUUAGUGGCGGUAAAGAAGGAGCUACUAGCAAUGCGCAAGGUAUUGCCGGUUACGGAAAGAGUCAGACGCAGGUUCAAUUGGACUCUGACUCCGGAGCUACCUCGACAGGUGCUCAGAGCAGCGGCUGGAAUCAUGGUACCAACUCACAAGUGCAAGCAAGUUCCAAGGGUGGAAUGGCGGACGCUCAAGCCAACGGUGAGGGUAGUACUUCCAGCCAGGCGCAAAUCGGAUUUCAGCCGUACUUAAAGAGCGACGAUGAGAAGAUGGAGAAGCAUGCGACGCCAUUUCGCGGUAGCGGAACAGCAUCAGCUCAAAGUGGCACUCAUCGAGGUCAGUCCCAAUCACAGCUACAAGGUUCCUUCCAAUACGGAAUCACGUACACCGGUGCAGCGCAGGCUGGUUCCGGAUCUGGUGCCGCAUCUUCACGGAAGCCUUUUAAUUUCACCGACACCGAACUCUUCAAGCCCUUUAAGGCGGUUUUUCCUUUGAAACGACCAGCGAAUGUUGAUAGCGCACAUUCAAAUCUGUCAGCAAGUUCUAAUUACAACAGACAGGAUGAAAAGCAAAAUCGCGAGCAAGGCUUGCAAAGUAGUUCAACUUCAAGGCAGACCGUCGUCCUAACUUCUAAGAACAAUCCAGACGAUGCUGCUGACAAAAAAGUGGUAGCUACUGAAAAAGCGCAAAUAGACGAUACAUACGAUGAAUACGAUGACGAUUACACGGAUGAGAAUGAUUAUCCUGCGGCUGCGGAUUCGAAGUUGACAAUCAAAGAGAAGUUCUCGGGAACUUUCUCGAAUCCGAGCUCAAGUCAUCAGAAAUUUGACAAGACCAUUCAGCAGCAGAGCCGCACUCAGUCGCAGGCAAUACAGAUCGCUAAAGGGAAUCAGUACAAUGUCCACGUUAAUCAAGAUUCAAACAUACCGCGAACGGGCGAUACUUUGCAACCGGGACAAUCCGUAUCAGGAUACACCAUCCCGCCUGGAUUCCGCGGUCGAGUGAUGUCGACCUCCGGCAUCGAAACCGUUGCUCAGGGCGACGGCAAGUCUCAAUCGCAGACUGUAUCUUUGGUGUCAAAGGAUUCCAAUAAUACCAAGCCAUCGUCCACAGAGACUAGAUCGCUUCAAACAAAUUAUGAGCGUCAUUACAUUGGUCGGCAUACGUCGAAGAACCAAGAAUCUCCCGUUAAUCAAAACAUAUCUUUCGAUAAGCAUACAAGACCUACUCCGGCGAUAGCGGCGAAACCAAGUUACUAUACCGUAACCAACAGUUUUGCUGGAAAGAUAAACGGCAGCAACGAACCGAAAAAAUACGAACAUCGAUAUUACACCAAAAGUUCCACCUGCGGUUACUUCACAUUUUCUUGUAAUGUCCUGUACGGUUCCAAUGGCAGGACAAAGAUCUGCAAGCCAAAAGUGCCAACAUAUCCCAAUGGCACGCCUAUGCGGUGUUGAAUCACCAAAUAUAUAUGAUAUUUAACGGCAA